CAAAACAAAAAUGGCGGCCAACGAAUAUCAUUGUAAUUAUUGUCAUUCCGACUGCACUUCACUACGAGUGCGCUGCGCCGAGUGCACGGAUUUUGAUCUCUGUCUACAGUGCUUCUGCUGCGGUGCAGAAAUGGGUGAACACAAACGCGGUCAUAAAUAUCAAUUAACCGAUGGUGGUACAUUCCCAAUGUUCUCUGAAGACUGGUCGGCAGAAGAAGAGACUCUCCUACUAGAUGCCAUCGAACAGCAUGGAUUUGGAAAUUGGGAUGACAUUGCUGAUCACAUAGGAACAAAAACUGUGGCUGAGACUGCAGAUCAUUACAAUGACACCUAUGUUCAUGGGGACGUUGGGAAAGCAUCAAUAGAGCCUUUCAAGGAUAAGAUUGUGGACCACACAACAAUAGAAGGAGGUUUGCUAUCGCCGACAAUUUUAAAUCCUCAUGAGCAGGUAGAAAUGAGUGCAGCAGAGCAGACAGAACUUGGGUACAUGCCUUUAAGAGAUGACUUUGAAAAGGAGUAUGAUAAUGAUGCAGAAACACUUAUUAGUGGGUUACAGUUUAAUAAAGAUGAUGACGACCUUGAAAAAGAUCUCUGCCGACAAAUUGUUUUGAGAAAGGUGCUUGAAGAUUUAAAAAUAGCACUCAUAGAUAUGUAUAUAAGAAGGUUAAAAGAUAGACAAACAAAAAAAGAUAUUGCCAGACAACAUGGUCUUAUUGCCAGCAAACACAAGAUUAUAGCUCUUAGAAGACGAUACUGCAAAGAAGACAGGGAGUUUCGGGAUGCCACAAGGACAUUUGCAAGAUUCAAAACACCAAAAGAAUGGGAAGAAUUUCAAAAUGAUCACCUUAGAGAAAGAGAAGUACGGAUAAGGAUCAAAGAACUUUCUCGAUACAGAAAGAAUGGCAUCACUAAAACAAAUGUUGGUCAAGAAUUCGAUGAGCAAAGGCUGCGUCGUGAGAGAAGAAAAGAGAAUAAGCGAAAAAUGGUGGGUGGUCCAACACCGAGAAAGACCAAUGUUUCCAUGGGAAAAACACAGUUGGCUUCUGCAGAAAGUAAAACCAAAAAAGAAAAGGGUUCAGCCAAUCAGGAGUUCCUAGAUGAAAUCAAAUCCUCUUCUUGUUUUGAUUUACUCUCAUCAAGAGAAGUUCAGCUGUGCUCAACGAUGCAGAUGAAGCCUGGUUUCUAUCUCACAAUCAAAAUCAUUAUACUAAAAGAUAAUCUUCUCCGUCGUCAAGGAGUUCAAGUCAAAACACGAUAUCCACCAAACCUCGACAAAAGUCACAGACGGACGAUCGUUAACUACCUAAAGGAAAGUGGUUGGAUACCUAGCUCGUGAUAUCAGUACUCUCUGUCUCACCUCACUCUUCUCUUACUUGUAACCAUCUUUCACCCUUUCACUAGUUUAGUCUUUCAGUACAGUUUUAGGAUCUUUUAGUACAAACUAGCAAGAUUCAUUUCUAUAAGUUGCAUUCGCCCUCUCCCAUCCCCUCCCUUUCACUCCCAUCCCCUCCCCUCCACUUCCCUCCCCUCCACUCCCCUCCCCUCCCCUCCACUCCCAACCCCUUCUUUAUCCUUGGUUUUAUUUCUGUUUGGUAUGAAUGUUACAGGACUGAAAAAGACUCACAAUAACCCUUGAAUGCGUAUGGUGCCUCUUAACGACAAAAGGCAUAGCCAUUAAUACCCAAAAAUGGUUUUCUUCAGUGUGAAUUUUGGUAUUAAGAAUUAUGAGUGGCUAAUUUCUAAAUGGCAUAUUUUUAUUUAUCCAAAUUUCCUUUUCUGUUGUUUUUUUUUUCGAUGUACACUUUUCUGUAUUUAUAUUUUUUUCUAUACUUACUUCCUUUUUAGUCACACUGUCUCUU